AUUUUAUAUGUUGGUGUGAUGUAUGAUCAUAAAAUUCAAACCACUAUUCUCUCUCUCUCUCUCUCUCUCUCUCACUAUCACUCACUUCUUGGUAAUUGUUCUGUUUAGAAUUAGAAUGGAAGCAAAGGAAUACUCAGUUUCCUUGAAAAGACAUAGGAAAGAACCAUAUUUUGUAGCACACCACACAAAAAGACAACACCAUAUUGCCUCAAAACAAGCAUGUACACACAACCAUUCUCUCAUAUUGUCCACUUCUCAAAACACUCCACCUAUGCUACCUGUUUUUGUUUCUUUGUUGUUACUUCUUCUUACUUCAACUACUCCAGCAUUGUCUCAUCACUCUAUUGUCUCAGAUUCUAUCCACCCCUCGAAGACUAACCAGACUUAUAAAGCAGGUUCAGAGUUGCUUAAGUUAAGAAGAAUCAGAACUCACCUCAUGAAAAUCAAUAAGCCUGCUGUGAAGACAAUUCAGAGUCCAGAUGGUGAUUUGAUAGAUUGUAUUUUAUCUCAUCAUCAACCAGCUUUUGAUCAUCCUAAGCUUAAAGGGCAUAAACCAUUGGAUCCACCAGAAAGGCCAAAUGGAUACUACAACAAUGGAGAAAAGGUUAGUGAGAGGUUACAGUUGUGGACUGAUUCUGGUGAAGAAUGUCCAGAAGGAACUGUUCCAAUCAGAAGAACAACAGAAGAUGAUAUUCUAAGAGCAAGUUCUAUCAAAAGAUUUGGAAGGAAACCAAAACCUGUUCGGAGAGAUUCAACUAGUAGUGAUCAUGAGCAUGCAAUUCUUUUUGUAAAUGGAAAUCAAUACUUUGGAGCAAAGGCAAACAUAAAUGUGUGGGCACCUCAUGUAACAGAUGGAUAUGAAUUUAGCUUGUCACAGAUAUGGGUUAUUGCUGGCUCCUUUGGUAAUGAUCUCAAUACCCUAGAAGCUGGUUGGCAGGUAAGUCCAGAACUGUAUGGUGACAACUAUCCAAGGUUCUUCACUUAUUGGACUACAGAUGCAUAUCAAACAACUGGAUGCUACAACUUAUUGUGUUCAGGCUUUAUCCAAACUAAUAACAAGAUAGCAAUAGGGGCAACAAUCUCCCCUACAUCAGCUUAUAACAGUGGACAGUUUGAUAUUGGUAUAAUGAUUUGGAAGGAUCCAAAGCAUGGACACUGGUGGUUAGAGUACGGAGGACAAUUAGUUGGAUACUGGCCAGCAAACAUGUUCAGUCACUUGAGGAGUCAUGCAAGCAUGGUACAAUUUGGUGGAGAGAUUGUGAAUGCUCGUUCUAAGGGUUACCACACUGACACUCAAAUGGGAAGUGGCCAUUUUGCAGAAGAAGGAUUUAAAAAAGCAGCUUAUUUUAGAAACUUACAAGUCAUUGAUUGGGACAAUAACUUACUUCCUCUUGCUAAUAUUCAACAUUUGGCUGACCAUUCUAGUUGUUAUAACAUUAAGCAGGGUAAUAACAAUGUUUGGGGAACUUAUUUUUAUUAUGGAGGUCCUGGAAGGAAUGUUAAAUGCCCAUGAAGAUAAAUGGCACCGAUUUAAUUAUUUUACAGGCUUCCUUGUUACACCUGUGUCUUUUUUCUCUCAUUUUCCCUUUUGGUCAUAUAUAAUUAUAUGUAUUUUUGCCAUAUAGAUUUUCAUUUUCACUUUUGGGGUCAUGCACAUGUAAAUAUCUAGGGUGGCUAUUGUGUUUCUUCCCAUUUAUUUCACUACUAAAAUUCAUUGAGAACUUAAACAU